AUGGAAGGCAUCCAAAACUACACCACACAGGCGGUGUUUACUGAUGGCGGGAAGCUCCGUCUUGAUAUGUUCAAUCCUAAUGGCGAAUACAUGAGCCCUAGGGUGUACCUAUUGGCUGAAGGCGAAGAAAAGUACGAGAUGCUGCAGCUGAACGGCAAUGAGUUCUCAUUUGACGUCGACAUGUCGCAAUUGCCAUGUGGCACUAACAGCGCCUUAUACCUCAGUGAGAUGGACGUCAAUGGCGGACGCUCAGACCUCAACCCUGCGGGUGCUGCCUUUGGCACAGGAUACUGCGAUGCUCAGUGCGGUGUCAAACCAUUCAUAAAUGGUGAAGCCAAUGUCAACAACGAAGGCGCAUGCUGCAACGAAAUGGACAUUUGGGAGGCAAACAAUCGCGCGAACCAGAUUGCGCCUCAUGUAUGCGCCAAGGAAGGAAUCUUUAGAUGUACUGGCGACGAUUGUAGCGUGACUGGUGUUUGCGGCAAGACGGGCUGCGGAGACAACGCUUACAACUUCCGGAAUUCCAAGGACUUCUACGGCCCUGGUCUGAAGGUUGACACGACUCGACCUUUCACCGUCGUUACUCAGUUUCCAGCCAAAUACGGCGUGCUCCAGGCCAUCGUGCGAAAAUACGUCCAGGACGGUGUGGUUAUCGAAAACGCUAUGCAGAACGUCACCAUGGACCAGGUUUGGUGCUCAGCUCAGCCUCGCGCCAGAGAAUACAAUAAGUUUGGCGGCCACAAAACCAUGGGCGACGCUCUAGAGCGUGGUAUGGUCCUUGUAUUCAGUCUCUGGUGGGAUAAAAGCGGUGGCAUGGCCUGGCUCGAUGGUGCGCCAAAUGGUCCUUGCAAUGCCACCGAGGGCUUCCCUGAUGCAAUUCAGCAGAAGGUGAAGAAUCCCACAGUCACUUUUAGCCAGGUCAAAUGGGGUGAAAUUGGGUCUACGUUCGGAGGAUCAGACUAG